AUGGUUGAUACUUAUAAUACUGAAGAGCAAAGAAUUAUCGAUAGAAUCAAAUGCAUUGUUUUACGUGAAGCUCGAGAUGCUGGUGCAACAUUCAUUAAUCGACACUGGGUUGCGAAAAAAAUUCAUCGUUCGAUUCAAUUUGCCACCAACUGGUGGCAAAAACCAUAUGACCAAUGUUUUGCGAAUCAUUCAAAUCGUGGUCGAAAGCUUAAAUUAUCAGGAGCAAGUCGAGAUAUCACUCGUCCCAGCAAAUUCUAUUUCGAUACGUUGCCGGGACUAGCUUUUCUGAUUUGUUGCUUCGUAGUACGAUUGAGAGGAAGUGUUGUAUUAAUUCAAGUAAACUGUGGAAAAUUAAUUAGAAGCAUCAGGUGUUUAUUGAAACAACUACGAUCCUUUCCUUAG